UCACUCUGAAUCAACCUUUUCCUUUCCUCUCUCUAUCUAUGUCUCGCCGCCAUCAGCAAAAUCUCUUACUUUUCCCAUUUCCCUUUCUUUUCCGGCUGUAAAAUCUCCAUCACUUACAUCAAUAGCAUAUAUACUUCUGCAUAUAUUUUUUAUAGCAAGCCUAAGCUACAAUAAAGCAACAAAAACGACUGCUUUUCUUUUCUUUUUGCUGCUUUUGACUAUUAAAAAUUGCACCCUCAUCUUCUGUCACCACCCUUCUUCUAUUUAGUGCCUCCUCUCCUUUUUCAACACCGUGCUUCUUGUUCCCCAUUUCCCUUCUUUCAGUGUUGAGAGUUAUAGAGCAAAGACAGCUAAAUAGGAGUUUGUUUUUCUCAGUUUUUUCUUUGAUUUCUUUCUUUUUGUCAGAGUUCUUGAUCACAUAAGUUGUUGGGUAUCUAGGCCAUUCUGUUCUAGUCUCAGCAAUUGAAUGAAAAAAAGGAACUCGGGCUAGUUUUGAUUUUUACUGUUUGAUUAGAUCACUUUCUUGGAGAUUACAUGCCAUUUUAGAAAUCUUUUUGUUGCAAACCUUUUUCUUUGGUGACACUCAUGGCAGAAAAGGACACAGAUUUCUCUUCCCACAAAUUCCCCUCUGCUUCCCAUGUUCUUGAAGAGAUGAAAGAGCUAUGGGCCAUGGCUUUACCUAUAACAGCCAUGAAUUGGCUAGUCUUUGUUAGAGCAGUGGUUUCAGUGCUGUUUUUAGGAAGACUUGGCAGCCUUGAGCUUGCUGGUGGUGCUCUUUCCAUAGGGUUCACUAACAUCACUGGCUACUCUGUGCUUGUAGGUCUUGCCUCGGGGCUUGAACCAGUGUGUAGCCAAGCUUAUGGAAGCAAGAACUGGGAGUUACUUUCCCUCUCUCUCCAACGCAUGAUUAUCAUCUUAUUUCUUGCAAUUAUACCAAUCAGCUUGUUAUGGUUGAAUCUUGAGAGCAUCAUGGUGUUCAUGGGACAAGACAAAGAUAUCACAGCAAUGGCAGCAACUUACUGUUUGUAUUCUGUACCGGAUCUUCUAACAAACACUUUGUUACAGCCAUUGAGGGUUUUUUUAAGGUCACAACGGGUGACAAAGCCCAUGAUGUGGUGUUCUUUGGUGGCUGUGAUAUUCCACGUGCCACUUAAUUAUGUGUUGGUUAUGGUGAUGGGGCUGGGAGUACCGGGUGUAGCAAUUGCAUCUGUCGUUACAAACAUGAAUAUGGUGGUGCUGUUGGUGGGAUAUGUGUGGGUGAGUGGACGAUGGGAGAUGAGAUGGACGACUGGGGUUGGAGGAGUGUGUGGUGGGGUCGUCCCUCUCUUGAGAUUGGCAGUGCCCAGUUGUCUUGGAAUUUGCUUGGAAUGGUGGUGGUAUGAGAUAGUGACUGUGAUGGCUGGUUACCUACCGAAUCCCACACUGGCCGUGGCUGCCACAGGGAUCCUGAUUCAGACGACCAGCAUGAUGUACACUGUUCCCAUGGCUCUUGCUGGCUGUGUCUCUGCCCGUGUAGGGAAUGAGCUCGGAGCUGGGAAGCCAUACAAAGCCAAGCUAGCAGCCAUGGUGGCAUUGGGUUGCGCCUUUGUGAUUGGCAUAAUCAAUGUGGCUUGGACGGUGAUCCUUAGGGAAAGAUGGGCUGGUUUGUUCACCAAGGAUGAUCUGGUCAAACCAUUGGUUGCCACAGUCUUGCCAAUAAUAGGGCUGUGUGAGCUAGGUAACUGCCCACAAACAACUGGUUGUGGCAUCCUACGUGGCACGGCACGACCCGCUGUCGGUGCCCGCAUAAACCUGGGGUCAUUUUACUUUGUGGGCACCCCAGUGGCAGUGGGCCUAGCCUUUGUGCUGAAUGUGGGGUUCCCUGGGCUCUGGUUUGGACUAUUGUCUGCCCAAGUAGCUUGUGCCGUGUCCAUUCUGUGUGUUGUGUUGCUCUAUACAGAUUGGGAAUCUGAGGCAUUGAAAGCUAAAAGGCUCACCAGCAUGGAAAUGAGCUCAUGCAUUAAUGGACAUGGAGAGAAUGGGUAUGAAAAAGAUGAAGAGAGUAAAGGGUUUUUGACAAAUGGAAAUGAUAAAAUACAUGACGUUUUGUAAAGAGAAAGGACAGGAGGGGUGGGGGGUUGGUUAUGGGAUAUGUGCAUGGGAUGGUGCUUAGCAUUAUGGGAUACUGGCUUUUGCGUUUGAUGUUGUUUGGUUUUCGGGCCGUAGUCAUUUGAGAACCUAUUCUUGGGGUUGUCAUGGGGCUGUUUCGUUGCCAGAAGUAAUCACUUUCCCCAUACAAAAAUGUUAGAUAUCUUUUCUGAAGGAUGCCUUCUUUUUGCUCCCACCUUUAAAGUUGCUUUGUUUUGUUUUUAUUCUGGUAUUGUCUUGGAGAGACUGGAGAAGCACCUAAUAUAGUAGUAGUUGAUGUGGCAAUAGCUGCAUGUUUGUAGA